AUGGCCUGGGACUCCUUGUGCAGCAGGGACUUACUGCGCCCGAAGAUCAGAAGCGCCUCAAGUGGGCCGGCUGGCAGCCACUGCAGCACCACGACACCCACCCUGGAGGAGCUGCGGCGCCUGCUCUGGACACGCACACAGCCCAUGGGCCAUGCGGAUGAAGUCUGGCCAAACCUUUAUGUGGGGGACCUGCACAUCGCUCGUGACAAAGUGCAGCUGAGCCAAAUGGGCAUCUCCCAUGUAGUGGAUGCUGCUGCUGGGCGAUUUCACAUUGACACCGGACCCAAGUUCUACAAAGACUUGUCUGUGGAUUACUAUGGAGUAGAAGCAAAGGACAACCCAAACUUUGAUCUCAGCAUUUACUUCUACCCAGUUGCUCAAUACAUAAAAGCAGCACUGAGUUCCCCAAGAGGCAAAGUACUAGUUCACUGUGCAAUGGGAAUCAGUCGAUCUGCAACUCUUGUCCUCGCUUUCUUAAUGAUCUGUGAAAACAUGUCCCUUGCUGAUGCAAUUCAGACUGUGCGUUCACACAGAGGGAUUUGCCCCAACUCAGGCUUCCUCAAGCAACUAUGGGAGUUGGACCUCCAGUUAGGAAGAGGUAAAGGCAGAGAAGCAGAGGCCUGCUAGUGCCAAGGGGGCAUU